UUUACUUUUCAAAUUUUGUAGGUUAUCCGUUACUUUUGUUUAUUUUUAAAUUUUUAUUAAUGGAAAAUAAAAUUAAACAUUUUUGAGGUGUUCAUUUCUCCGUUUAUGAUGUGUUCGGUAAAUAAGGAAACGGAUGAAAGUGUUGCCGAAAGAUUCAAAAGAGAUUAUACAGAACAAUUUCAUAUUCUGGUUCGCAUGCACCUAUCUUUUCUAUUGGAUAUUAAUACUGAUGAACGAGAGUGUUUUUCUGAAAAAGGAAAACUUAAAAAAUGGAAUCUUGCACCGUUUUUCAAGAAAGCAAAAUUCAGAGGGGUUAUGGAAGGAGCCCCAUUGACGCAAGAAGGGAUUUGUCAAGUUUACCAACUCAUUGAAUUUCUUAAAAAGGAAGAGAAUAUGAAAAGUGAAGGUAUAUUUAGGCGAACUGGAUCUUUGGAGAGGCAACAUGAUCUCAGAAAUCUGUUGAAUCGUGGGGUCACCUUAAUGUUAGAAGAGGGAACAUAUAAUGUUCACGAUUGUGCUUCAGUUCUCAAAAGUUUUUUAUCCGAGUUACCGGAUCCUUUAUUAACUGAAGGACAUUUUCCAGUAUAUUGGCAAAUAGCAGAAUCUUGUGGAAUUACUGAACAAAAAAUUCAAGAAGGAAAGCUAUUAGAAGCUUUGCAGCUUCUCCUCUUACUUCUUCCAACAGAAAACAAAGUGCUGUUGAAAGAUAUUUUGGAGUUAUUGCACACAACGGCAUCUUUUGAAAGUUUUAAUAAAAUGUCUCCUGACAACUUGGCAAAACUGUUCACUCCUCAUUUACUGUGCCCAAGAAAACUUCCUCCAGAAACUUUAUUGAAAGACUCACAAGCUCUAUUUGGCAUCAUUAGUUUUAUGAUUAAAAAAUCACCGGAGUUGUUCAAGAUUCCCAACAAAUUGAUUAUGGACUUCAAGGCAAAGUAUGAGAAGAAACGAAUUGUUUCACCAACCAAAAGGUUGAAUGAAUCAGUAACGGAUGCUGCAAGCACCGUGUUCACCUUUGUAGAUCACGAAAGAACAGCCAAGGAAAACGAGUCAAACCCCACCGAAACAGCUCUAGCACAACUUUACGCACAUAUUCAGAGCUUACCAGAAUCGUCCAAGAAGAGAAAGUUGGUUAAACAAUUCAACAGAGAGAAUGGUUAUGGAACUCCUUUGCAGGUCAUGAAAAGUGGGAAUCCUAAAAACAGGAGUUUUGGAGAUUCAAUCAAGAGGCGCAUCUUCCACAGAGGGUUAACAAGGAAAAAAGAAUUUCUUUUACGAACUUCAACCAGCGACGAGAUGUUGAAUAGCCCAUCCAACUCUCAGUCACUUGCCUCUCGGGCUCGACUCUUCUGUCACCACAACUGUGAUUCUAGCAAUGAUCAAAGUGACGAUGCAAAUCCCUCUAAGAGAUCGAAGAAAUCGUGUACAUCCAAUCAUACAAGUGAUAAUGAUAUAGAUAAAGAUAAUAAAAGGAGACAAUCGGAGCCUGAUUUAAGUAUUAGUGGAGAUAAUAUAGUUCAGGACAUAUAUCUAACUAGCACACCAGCAUGUUUACCAUUGCGAGCAUGCCCAGAUAUUGUUUUCACACCAGAGGCGCAAGACCGAAAAUCAAUGUCUCCCAUUACACGCUCUACUCAGCGAAUGACAAGAGCUAUGCAGGAGACUAUGAUGACACCCAGAAGUCGAAAACCAGUCUUGUUAUUCUCUGGUACUAACAUAAAUACAUUGCACAAAAACGAUCAAACCAGUUAUAUUAUGGGUAAUCUCACAGAAGAAAAUUCAUGUGAAAGUGAAACGCCCGAUACGAAAAACAUUAAAAAAUCAAAAAGUGAAGGUGAUAUGGAAAAAGAACCAAGAGAACAUGAAAUAGUAAGACUCAACAGUAUAGAGAAAGAAUUUCAAACAGAAAGAUCUGCAAUGUAA